GACCAUUACUAGUGAAGUCAGUGAAGUCUCGCGAUACAGUAGCCGUACGGUUCUUAGAAGUCUCCGCGGAGGGGGCGGGGUCUCCGCUGGCAUCAUGGCGGACUGUGACGGGGAGACCCUGGAGUCCUGGCUGAAUAAAGCCACAAACCCCUGUAACCGUCAGGAGGAUUGGGAGUAUAUUAUUAGUUUCUGUGACCAAAUCAACAAAGAACUUGAAGGUCCACAGAUUGCAGUUAGACUACUGGCUCAUAAAAUUCAGUCCCCGCAAGAAUGGGAAGCACUGCAGGCCCUCACAGUUUUGGAAGCCUGUAUGAAGAACUGCGGAAGACGAUUUCACUGUGAAGUUGGCAAAUUUCGCUUCUUGAAUGAGCUUAUUAAGGUUGUCUCUCCAAAAUACCUAGGAGACAGAGUGUCAGAGAAGGUAAAGAGCAAAGUUGUUGGUCUGUUAUAUAGCUGGACCAUAGCUCUUCCAGAUGAGAAUAAAAUAAAGGAUGCUUACCAGAUGUUGAAGAGACAAGGAAUUGUGCUUACUGAUCCUGUCAUCCCAGUGGAUCAAACCUUAAUCCCUUCACCUCCAGUGCGACCCAAGAAUCCUAUUUUUGAUGAUGAAGAGAGAUCUAAGCUGUUAGCCAAACUGUUAAAAAGUAAGAACCCAGAUGAUCUCCAGGAAGCAAACAAGCUUAUUAAAUCCAUGGUGAAGGAGGAUGAGGUGAGAAUGCAGAGAGUGAGUAAGAGAGUUCACACUCUGGAAGAAGUAAAUAACAAUGUGAAGCUGCUGCAGGAAAUGUUGACGCAUUACAGCAAAGAGGACUCCUCAGAGGGGGACAAGGAGCUUAUGAAGGAGUUGUUUGAGAGAUGCGAGAGCAAGAGACUCUCCUUGUUCAAAAUGGCCAGCGAGACUGAGGAUAAUGAUAGCAGCCUUGGGGACAUUCUUCAAGCAAGUGACAAUGUGUCUCGUGUCAUCAAUAUGUACAAGAAGGUUGUAGAAGGACAAGACAUUAAUGGUGAACUGGCCCAACUGGAGACAGCAGACAAUAAUGUUUUCCAACCAGAAUUGAGAGAGUCAAGAACCAGUCUUCCUACUCUUAUCGAUCUAGCAGGAUUUGAGUCUACAAGCCUACCUGAAGACCCAAAACUACUUCCUGACAUAGCAGAGCAACCAUCAGCACUGAUCCCUAUCCUUCCUCCUCCUCCACCUUUACCCACACAAUCAAGACCUCAUUCUUCAGAUCACGCUCUUACUCACAUGAAUAGUGCCACAAACUCACUCUGCUUGCUUGAUGAAGAGUUGUUGUAUCUUGGUAUUGAUGAUCCAUCAUCAGGUGCAGCAAAAGAAUCAUCUUCAGGCUCCAAGUUGGAUAUAUUCCAGGUCGACAGCAAAGAAAUAGAUUUUUUCACAGGACCAUCACUUGAUCCACUUACCUCAACGGCUACCCCAUUAUUGGCACAACAAGUAAUACCAAUGGCUUCAAUUAAUUCCUACUCCUCACCCACUACCUAUACCACUGUAUUUAAUACUGCUCAAACAACAGUGUCCACAACUGCCGCUCCUCCAGGGGGCAUUAAACUGCAUGAGCUUGAGGUACUUGGGCAGCAACUUUUGGAGGAGGCAAAAGGAGCAUCAGCUAAGACUGCAGCUUCUUCUACUGUUUCCAGCACAAUAACAACCUUGAUAGCAACGCAGUCUCCAGCUGCUGGAGCUAUAGUUUCUGCACAGUCCUUUGGCUCCUUGCCUGUUGCCCCCAGUAGCCCACUCUUCCUACCACAUCAGCAGGAAAGUCCUCAAAAAUGCUCCUAUAUAUCCCUAACAAAUGUGACUGUAGCUUUGGAAUCUAUUAGACCUAGUUCCCUCCUCCCUCUGACUGCAUAUGAUAAGAAUGGUUUUCGUAUAUUGCUGCACUUUGCUAAGGAUUGCCCCCCUGAUCGUUCCGAUGUCCUUGUGGUAAUCAUUUCUAUGAUUAAUACAGCUCCACUUCCAAUCCGAAAAAUUCUUUUUCAGGCAGCAGUUCCAAAGACAAUGAAGGUGAAGUUGCAGCCUGCAUCCGGGACAGACUUGGCAGCAUUUAAUCCUAUCCUGCCCCCAUCAUCAAUUACACAAGUUAUGUUACUGGCAAACCCUCUGAAGGAUAAAGUAAGGCUCAGGUAUAAACUCUCCUUUGCACUUGGAGAGGAAUGCAGCUCUGAGGUGGGGGAAGUGGACCAGUUCCCAGACCCCGAUCAAUGGGGAAAACUAUGACCUGAGAUUUCAAUUUUCUAAUUCAGACUGUGAUACUGAACGUGAGGUGACACUGCUUCAGAAUUCAAAUCGUUUACAGGACCCAUAAACACUGGCAGCAGAAUAUUUAUACUCUAUGGCAGCAAGGGACCGUCUCAGCACUUUAUUCACCUUCAUCAAGCUCUUGGGCUUUAGAUCUUUUACUGCAUUUAUUACACUUCUGUUGUUUCUGUGAUCCUCUGUAAGCCUGUGUCCUAUAAAAACGCUCCUAGGAAGAUUUAGGACCAGAUUUUCAUAUAGACCAGGUGUUUUUUUUGUACAGUAUUAUGCUAACUUAUGAUAAGCCUGUAUAGUUAAAUGUCAAAAUCAAUCUCCUCCCACCUUUGAAAAGUAAUCUCAUAGUACAACAGCAAAAGAGAUGCAACAUCUACAGCCAUAGAAAGGUCCAGAAAGGGUUUUCUUACCAGAGACCAAAGUGUUUAGCUUGAAGUGUUCUUUUAUUUAUAAAUUUUUUUGGAAGACCCGUUUCCUAAACAUCAGAUAUGAUCAGCGGUUGCUAUGAGCAGUACAAAAGACUGGAUCUUUAAAGCGUUACUAGUAUGGAUCCCCGAGACUUACGUGAUCAGACAUAUUGCAGAAAGUACCAUGGACUGAUUUAUAUGUAUCAUGUAGAAAUACAAAAUUCACACUCUGGUAAAUCAUACAAUUAAUUUUAUAAAAUACAACCGAAAACUAAACAUCACAAAUUGUGUUUGUGUGUAGGGACAUACGAACAAAGUUAUCCAGAUAUUACGUUUUUGAUAUUCUGCUGAGGAAUCAGCCUAUACCUAAGGUGCCUGUUCCCAAAUUCCUCUCUCCCCUAGGUGCCUGUGCCCAAAUCCCCCCCCCCCCCACACACACACAAACUUAUUUUGGGCUGCUUCCGACUUUGAAGAUAAACUCAUCACAACAGACACAACCCACUCAUCCAAUCACUGUGGCCAGUGAUUGGCUGUGAGGGUCAUUAACACAGACGAGUCUCAAAAGUAGGAAGCAAAGAGAUGAGCAAGGGGGGGGGGGGGGGUAGGAUGACGUAACAGUAGGAGGUCCAGGUAAGCAAGUAUCCCAUUUAUUUAAUUUUUUUACAGGAAGCGAAAAAAAAAUUAUAUAUCCGGAUAACACCUUUAAUAUACAAUGCCCUACUGCUUCUGUGGCAGUGGGUUUAACUGCACCUAGACCAGAAUGGGUCUGGUUGCAAUGAAAACCACUGGCACGGAAAGAAAAUUAAAAGCCAAUCCUUGUUCUGAUGAGACCGAGCCUGUAAGGUUUUUUCCUUGACCAGACAGCCAAGAGGGAAGUGAACAGACUGUGGACUUGCUUCUCAACAAAUCUAUAGCACUGUUCAGUAGGCACAGCUACAUCCACUAUUGUAGAUGCCCUCAUUUCAAGAGUAGUUGUCAUUAUCUUUUGGCAAUAUUUAAAUGGGAUGUCAUAUGGUCCUUAGAUUUUUUAGAAAAGUGGUAAACCCGGAAAUAAUUCCUUCAAAUAUCUGCAAGAACCCUUAUUUUGAAAUACUGAUAAUGGUCAGCACUACAUAUAACAAACCUAUGCAGGGUAAUGUCACCAAUCUGGAUUUAUAUGCCUUGGUAAGCAGAAGUUUUCUACCCUGCCCAGCUAUGCCUUAGGGCAGUGGUCUUCAACCCGCGAACCUCCAGAUGUUGCAAAACUACAACUCCCAGCAUGCCCGGACAGCCAACGGCUGUCCGGGCAUGCUGGGAGUUGUAGUUUUGCAACAUCUGGAGGUCCGCGGGUUGAAGACCACUGCCUUAGGGGGAUGUGCAGUAAAUUGCCUUUUAUUUAGUUACCAGACAACAACUGUUUUAACAACUAUUUUUACGAGAGAAAUGUGACCCCUUUUGCAUCUAGAUGAUUGUACUAGAGAAUCAAACAGAUAGAAAUAUCUUCCCAAGUCUCCUAGCAAUGAAUCCUGGAACUCAUAAAACAUUAAAAAGACUGAAAAGUUCUGUAAUUUGUUGUGAAAAAAAUGCUGCCACCAUCUACAGAUCUUAAGUGUUAUAGUUUAAUUCUUGAGCAUGUAUAUUUAAUAAACUUUGUCUUCUUUGUUCUCAA